AUUAACAUGUGUAGAGGUCUCUCUGUGUGACUUGUGACUAUCCAGAAGCAAGGACUUUCGUUUCCAAAGCGCGCUAUGCUCUUUCAUCUUCAACUUCGACUUCGACUUCAACACCUAAAAAGUCAAACAUUUGACUACACAAUCAAACCAAAACUUCUUCAAAAUCCCACUUCGAAUCGGACAUAACCAAACUAAGCACCACCAAAAAUGCCCUUCCUUUUCUUCUUUCUCCUCUUAGGCUUAACUUUCAACACCAACCUUAGUUUCACCAUUGCCACCACCACCGCAGACCAUGAAUACCAAAACGACUCCUUCAAAGCUUUUUGUCCCUUAAACAUGGAGGCUAUACAUAAAAUAAUUGUCCAAAGCUCUCAACGGUUAAUGUUCAUAGACAUCUCUAGCGAGUGCAGCUUCAUGCUUCAAGGACUCCGUCUGCUCCGCGCCGUAUAUCUCCGCGCCACCGGCAACUUCUUCCCGCCUCCGAACGCCGCCGAGGCUUGUUGGGACGCGUACAACAGUUUGGUCGACGAGUUCAUUCCCGGUUUCAAAAUCCAGUCAACUUGCAGGUUCGGUACUAGUUUGAUGUCACAACAGUGUUUGAAUAUCACAACCCGGAGUCACUUCGAAACUCUGGUUUCAAAAUCCGAGCUUAAACAGAUAUGGGAUUCCUGUCACCAGUCUUUGCAUGAUAGUUCGAUUUGUGGGUCGUGUGUUGAAAUUUUGUCCAAGGUGCUUGUGACUUACUUUAAUGGCAGUGGUCAUGGGAAUGCAACGGACUGUAUUGGGUAUCCGUUUAUAUACUCAGCGGCUUUUGUAAAUCGUUAUGGACCGACUAAUUUGGACACAGUUAAGUGUUUGUUUUCGCUUGAUUUUGGUCCUGAAAUGGGCAAAUCUAACAGGAAGAGCAAGAAGAGGGUGUUUAGGACUGUGUUUGGAGGUUGUUUAACAGGGUUCUUUGGGGCAAUCGUGGUUUUCUGGAUUCUAUGGAGAAGGCACAGGAAGAGGAAGAGGAACACAAAUAUGGCUAAAGCAGAGAUGGGUUUUGCUCCUAAUACCGAACCCAGCAGUAGAAAUACGACAAUAAUUAAGUUGUCGUUUGAAGAAGUUAAAAGGACUACGAAGAAUUUUUCAAGGGAGAACAUAAUUGGGAGGGGAAGCUAUGGGAAUGUUUUCAAAGGUAUUUUGGAAGAUGGUUCGGAAGUGGCAUUGAAAAGGUUCAAGAAUUGCUCGGCAGCAGAGGACGAAACUUUCUUGCAUGAAGUUGAGGUCAUUGGCAGCAUCAGGCAUGUGAACCUCGUCGCACUAAGAGGUUAUUGCACAGAGACAAUGCCUUUAGAAGGGCACCAAAGGAUUAUCGUGUGUGAAUUGGUGAAGAAUGGGAGCCUCUACGAUCAUCUUUUCGACACCAAAAUGACUAAACUCAGAUGGCCAACUCGCCGCAAGAUAGCUCUUGGAGUAGCUCGUGGCAUAGGAUAUUUGCAUAAUGGGGUUAAGCCUUCAAUAAUCCAUAGGGAUAUCAAAGCUAGUAACAUAGUUAUAGACGAGAACUUUGAGGCCAAACUCACAGAUUUCGGCCUUGCCAAGUUCACCCCAGAGGGAUUUUCCCAUUUGAGCACAAAAGUAGCUGGGACAUUCGGUUAUGUUGCCCCGGAAUACGCUUUAUAUGGUCAGUUAUCAGAGCGAAGUGAUGUGUACAGCUUUGGAGUUGUGCUUCUUCAGCUCUUGAGCGGGAAAAGAGCUGUGAUAGAAGAAGCCGAAGACAACAAUGGAGCUCUGCUUUUGACAGAGUGGGCUUGGUCGCUUGUGAAGCAAGGGAGAGCAUUGGAUGUGGUUGAGGAUGGCAUGACUGAGUUAGGCCCAGUUGAUGAGAUGGAGAAGUAUGUUUUGGUGGCAGUGAUUUCUUGUCAUCCACUUUCGCAGGCUAGGCCGCCGAUGGAUCGAGUUGUGAAGAUGUUGGAGGAGGAUUUUCCUGCUGAGGCGAGCCAUGACCAGCCUCUUCUAGCUGAGCUUGCUUGUGGUUUUGCUGAUACAAUGCAGUUGAUGAGCUAUGGUGGGUGGAGUCCGGAUGAUGACAUUCCAAGCUCAUUUGUUAGUAAAAGUGAUCACCCUAUGCUAGAGCUAGAUCAAGGUAGGAGGAGUAUGCAUUUAUAACACAAUUGAGUUUGCUUUGGCUUAAUCUGUUUUGACAUUAAUAUUACUUCAAUUGAUUCUUUAGUGUUAACUAUAAUAACAAGACCUGUGUUUAGUGUAGGACUUGAAUUUUUUGAGUUGCAACAGAAUAAGAGUUGUAACUUGUAACACCAAUUCUACAUACUUGAUCAUUUGAUAUUUAUGUCAAGAGAAAAGAAAUAAGUUUUCAUAUA